ACGCCAUUUUGUAAUGGUCGUCUGUGGUAGCUUGUCCUAGUUACAUAUUGUUGUUAAAUAUAUAUUUUUUUGAUAUUUUCUAGUGUUGAGUUGAAAUAAAGCAAAAAAAUACAAAAUGACAGCCCACGAUCAGAUGAGGGCUAUGUUAGAUCAGCUUAUGGGAACAGGAAGAAAUGGUGAAAGUAACAAAUUCCAUGUUAAGUUCAAUGAUACCAGAGUAUGCAAAUCAUUUUUGCUUAGUUGCUGUCCCCACGAGAUUUUAUCUUCCACACGAAUGGAUUUGGGCGAAUGCCCAAAAAUACACGAUUUGGCGCUGCGAGCAGAUUUUGAGAAGGCCCAACAAUCCAAGGACUACUUCUAUGAUUUAGAUGCAAUGGAACAUUUGCAAGCGUUCAUAGGCGAUUGCGACAGACGUACCGAAUCUGCUAAGCAACGUUUGGCGGAAACCCAAGAAGAACUGUCAGCCGAGGUGGCCGUAAAAGCUAACAGUGUUCACGAACUAGCAGAGCAAAUUGGUCAAAAAUUGGCUAAGGCCGAACAGUUGGGAGAAGAAGGAUUCGUCGAUGAAAGCAUGAAGCUUAUGGGAGAGGUAGAAGAAUUAAGGAAAAAGAAGCUAGACGCUGAACAGGAGUACCGCAACUCGAUGCCAGCCAGUAGCUACCAACAACAAAAAUUGCGAGUAUGUGAAGUGUGUUCAGCCUACCUGGGUAUCCACGAUAAUGACCGACGGUUAGCGGAUCAUUUCGGUGGUAAACUUCAUCUAGGAUUCAUCAAAAUCAGAGAAAAACUGGCAGAAUUAGAGAAAAAUUCGGAAAAACGUAAGGAAGAAAAGAAAAAAUCUGGUAGGGACCGAGAUCGCGAGGAGAGAGACGAUCGCUACGAUAGACGAUACAGAGAACAUUAUGUCGGUGGUAGAGAAUUGGACAGAAGAUCUAAAAGACAUCGAUCUAGGUCGAAGGAUCGCAAAGACAGAGAGCGUAAAGAUAAGGAUAAAAGUAGAAGCAGUCGAUAUAGGUCGAGGUCUAGAAGCCGUGACCGCGAUCGCAGUCGCAGAUCCCGCUCGCGCCAUUCGAGUUCAAGCGACAAAAAAAGGGAUAGGGAUAGAGAUUAAUAGUAAAGUAAUUUAUGGUUCGUAUUAAGCGUUUUUGAGAAAGAUUCCGAAAAAUGUCUACACACCGGUUUGAUGUUCAGAGUAUUACUUCAAUGGUAGCCUCGAUGAAAGUUGCUGUGCUCGAUAUUUUCAUAUUUUGUGUACUGAGUGAUCCGCAUCAACACAUCAGUCUUGGAUUUCUUGACAUUCAAAAUGUUUCACCAAAUUAGUAACUUAUUAUGUCCUAAUGUGAUAUUGUUGAUCAGUAAUGUUUAUGUAGAUUUCAAAUAUUACAUUAUGAGAAUACAUCAUUGAGCAGAUUAUUCCACUCGUUUAGUCUUUUAUUCUCCUUUUUUUUGGCGUAGUUGAUGUAUUCACCAUUAGCACUAUCCACUUAGCUCAUACGCAUCUUGGCGUGAAUGGAAGUUUCUCUAAAGCAGAUUCAAUAUCAAACCAUUGUGUGUAGAUGUUUUACUGUUAUAUCUGAAUAAUAUUUUAAUUAUUCGUUGUUUCUUUCUCGAAAGUAAAAUGACUAGAUCGUUAUUGUGUGGUUUCUAAAAAAACAGGACUGCAAUUAAAUAAAUAGAUGAACCUUCAUUUUAAACAAAUAUUAUCUCUUCCUUUUUACGCAAUUUACUGCAGUACUAUAUACCAAAAAGGUAUAUAAUUAUUUAUGUAAUUGUAUCAUAUUGGUAACAUUAUGAUAGAAUUCCCCAUGUUAUGUAACUUCCUACAGAAACGUAAACUGAAAAGUCACUAAGUUCUUUAUUUAAUUUUUCGUGUAGUCUGGUAUAAAAAUAAAGUUGUAGAUAUUAUUUU